CUGGCACCCUCCUCGGUCCUCGCAUCCCAUUGCCAAUUUUCCCAUCGCCAUCUCGCACGGCGACAGCGGUAGCCCAGUUCGAAACGCAAGGAACCAAGCGCAACCCAACGCCCAGCCUGCAGACACGCAGACCGCCACUCCCACGCCUCGCUUCUGCUGCUGCUGCUGCUUGCCCCGUUGCACGCCUUGCUUCCCUCCGAUUCCGGCGCCCAUUCUUCAAUCGCAGAAAUCGCCCGGAACCCGCUGCGAGAUCGCCGGCCGAGCCCCGCGCUCGAUUCGAGGGGAAGAGCGGCGAGCGACGCGACAAAUCCAGGCUGAAGUUCUCCGGCCGAAGCUGCAAGUGCGAUGGCGGCCGCGUCCAGGAAGGAGGAGGAGAGGAACGAGCGGAUCGUGCGGGGGCUCCUCAAGCUGCCGCCCAACCGCAAAUGCGUCAACUGCAACGGACUCGGGCCGCAGUACGUGUGCACCAGCUUCUGGACCUUCGUCUGCGUCUCCUGCAGCGGCAUCCACCGUGAGUUCACGCACCGUGUGAAAUCCGUCUCCAUGUCCACGUUCAGCACGCAAGAGGUCGAGGCUCUCCAGAAGGGUGGGAACCAGCGAGCCAGAGAAUCGUUCCUGAAGGAUUUUGAUACCCAGAAAAUGAGGCUACCUGAUAGCAGCAACAUUGGCAAUCUUAGGGAAUUCAUAAAAGCUGUUUAUGUGGAGAGAAGGUAUGCUGGUGGGAGGUUUUCUGAAAGGCCUCCAAGAGAUAAACAGAACCAAAAGGCCCAUGAAGAAGAACAUAGAAGGGCAAGCUCCUACCAUUCAUUUUCACAGAGCCCACCUUAUGAUUACCAGUAUGAAGAGCAACGCAAUGGGAAACAAUCUGCAUUCCUGAGUAGGAAGCCUGGCUCAGAUCGGGGGCUUCAGGGGAAGAUUUCUGGAUUUGCUUACAAUUCACAUAGCCUGCAUGAGAGAAUGUCUGAGGACGGCUUUGCUGGUGAGAGUUGUGGAUCGAGGACUUCUAACUGCUCAGGGUCAAGCAUGAGUGAUACAGUUAGAACUGCACCGCAAUCACCUAAUUUUCCUGAUAAUGGAUGUUUCAGCCCACCUGUGGUAAAAGAUCAAUCAAAUCAACAGAGUUCCUAUGGGCUCACUAGUUCACAGUCUCUCUUGCAGAGAACUGUAUCAGCAGGAAACAUAGAUUCAAUCUCUCUUAAGUCAGGCAAGUCAAGCUUGUUUGAUUUGAUUUUUGAGGAUGAUAAUGUUCAAAGGACUCAGAAAUCCACAAACUCCGCUGCUCCAAGUUUCAUAGCCUUUUCUGAUGCUAUUAGUGCCCCAAAUCAAGAUCUCUUUAAUUCCACAGCUGCUCAGAAACACCAUGUAACUAACUUGGAUCAAUCUCUAGACCUAUUUGCAAAUAGGCCUACCGAAACUCCAUCUGCUGAUAAAGCAAUACCAGCAGCUCCGUCAAUGGACAAUGCUGGGUGGGCUACAUUUGAUACACCUCCAGAGCAAAAGCAAUCUUCAGUCACUGGGCUUUCUUAUGUUCCUGCCACAAGCAAUGAUAAACAGACUCUGAGUCGAGAUUUGUUUUCUUUUGAAUCAAAUGAUGAGCCAACAUGGUUUGAGAGCUCUAAGGAUAAUGCUUCAGUUACCAAUAAAUCUAUUGCCACAUCUCUUGAUACAGGCAGUUCUCAGCCUUGGAGCGCUUUUGAUGCCUCCAGUACUAGCACCCAGUACACUGUCAAGGGAGAUCUAUCAUUGCAAGGUUCUAAAGGACCGGUGGAUGAAAAUAGUUCUCAGCUCUGGCAUUCAUUUGAUGAUGUUAAUGGGGCCGUUUCUCAUGAUCAACUAUGUGCUCAACGGCGAAUUGAUGAGCACAGUAAUGUUGUAAGCAUUUCCCUUUCAACCAGCAAUCCAUUUAUGUGCUCUGUAGCUUCAAAGGGAUCUCAAGAUGAUGACCCUGCUCAAGUAUUCAUGGAUGGAUUAUCACCUAAUACGUUGCUUUCUGCUUCCGCAGAGCCAUCUCUGGAAGGAGCCUCUACUGAGCAGAUGCCAUUAAAUCCAUUUGAGCUUCCAUUUGACACUCAUUCAGGGACUCCUGAUCUGUUCAUGGACGUAAGUUCAUUGCAAGAGGCCUUGCCAAAUCCGGAUCUACCAGCUUUCCUUGAUGGUUUGCCUGAAACAUGGUUCUCCAGCAGUUCUUGUGCCUUCGUUCCAUCAGCAUCACAUGGUGGACUACCCUGCCUUGUCGAGCAGGCCCCGAACUCUCCGCUGCGGAACAUACCGGUUGGCACUGUAUCGACAGGAAAUCCUUUCGCAUAGAGGAUGGCGACGGAGACGCUAAUCCGCGUCAUGGUCAUGUCGCUUUAGUUAGAUGAACUUUAGAGCUAGGCAUUUUGUGAGAACCCGGAUGAUGCUGUAGUAGUGGUGGUGCACAGCGCAAGGUGAUCAGAGGAGGUUCAAUGGAGGAAAUAUAUUUAGUAAUUAUAAGGUUUCUGCUGGUGCGUGGAAUGUGUAUAUUCUUUGUCCACUUCAUUUCAUGUACUCUAAAAUGAACGGGCUGGUUCAUUGUUCCAACUCCGUCAGAGGACGAUUCACACCAAAGGUUCAGAGAGUUCAGGCUGGCAGGGCGUCCUGGUACAUCUCUCUUUCUGAUAGCUUCA